UCUUGCGCUGGCAAAACACUCUUUGAUGUCAACAGCGACGAAGACAGCAAAAGUUGAGCUGUCGCGAGCGAAAGCUAAUGUCAUUCUUGGUGCCCAAUGGGGUGAUGAAGGCAAAGGAAAGCUCGUAGAUAUUUUAGCUCACGACGUAGAUGUAGACGCAAGAUGUGCAGGUGGUAACAACGCUGGACAUACGAUCGUUGUAGAGGAUUUCCCAACGCCAGACGGUCCAAAGAAGCAGAAGUUUGAUUUCCACUUGCUUCCAUCCGGAUUAGUUAACGAGAAAUGCGUUGGUUUGAUCGGUAACGGUGUCGUCGUACACGUUCCUUCAUUCUUUGAAGAGUUACAGCAAUUAAUCAACAAAGGUCUCAAUUGUGCUGAUAGACUUUUCAUUAGUGAUAGAGCACAAGUCGUAUUCGAUUUCCACCAAAUCGUAGAUGGUUUGAAAGAAGUCGAACUUGGUGGUUCAUCCAUUGGUACAACUAAGAAGGGUAUCGGUCCAGCUUACUCCUCCAAGGCAUCCAGAUCUGGCUUGAGAAUUCACCACCUUUACGAUGACGAUUUUGAGCACAAAUUCCGUAAAAUCGUCGAAGGCCGUUUCAAACGUUAUGGUACCUUCGAAUACGAUACGGAAGCUGAAAUUAAGCGUUACAAAGAACUCGCUGAACGUCUCCGUCCUCAUAUCGUUGACGGUGUAGCUUUCAUUCACAAUGCUCUUAACAACAACAAGAAGGUCUUAGUUGAAGGUGCAAACGCUCUCAUGUUAGAUAUAGACUUCGGUACUUACCCAUUCGUAACCUCUUCUUCAACUUCCAUCGGUGGUGUUUGUACGGGUUUGGGUAUACCACCUGGUAGAGUUGGUGAAGUCUACGGUGUCGUAAAAGCAUACACUACAAGAGUUGGUGGUGGUCCAUUCCCAUCUGAACAACUCAACGAUGUUGGUGUACAUCUCCAAGAAGUUGGUGCUGAAUAUGGUGUGACAACAGGUAGAAGAAGACGUACUGGUUGGUUAGAUUUGGUUGUCAUGCAAUAUUCACACAUGAUUAACGGUUACACCCAACUCAACAUCACCAAACUUGACGUCCUUGAUCAACUCAAGGAGAUCAAGAUCGCUGUUGCUUACCACCUUGACGGUAAAAAAUUAGAUUCAUUCCCUGCUGAUCUCAAAUUGCUUGAGAAAGUUGAAGUCGAAUAUGCUACACUCCCUGGUUGGGAAACAGAUAUCUCAAAGUGCCGUCAAUGGAAUGAUUUGCCAGAAAAUGCUCGCAAAUACAUUGAAUUCAUCGAGCAAUACUUAGGUGUACCUGUAACAUCCAUUGGUGUUGGAGCAGGUAGAUCAGAUAUGGUUCUUAAGGAGAAAAAUUAAAGAAAAAAGUUUCAUACAUUUUAGUUUUAUUAGUCGACAUAAAUUAGGACAUAGUAUGGGCAUUGAGGAUUCUAAAAUCGCUGAAGCAUUUUACUCAUCGUCUUCAUCUUCGUUGUAAGAUUUGAUUGGCUUCGCACCUCUGGUUGAUCUUCUAGUUGGAGCUGAUUCAGUGUUUUCAGUCUUUUGGGCUUUCUGUGAGGCCUCUUGUUCAGGUGCGUCAGUCUUACGCUUUUCAGCAUCAGUAUUUUGGGUGUCUUCUUGCUCCUCUGGAGCUGGACCAUCAUCUUGAGCUUCAGCUGCGUCAGGUGCAUCAGCUGGAGUUUCUUCCUUUUUCUCUUCCUCUUGGGCUGGAGCGGCUUCUUCGUCUUUCUUAUCGUCUUGAGCAGAAGCAUCUUCCUUUUGUUCCUCAGCUGGUUGUUCAGGUUCAGGUUGUUCAGUUGGUUGUUCUUCUUUGUUCUCAGCUGGCUGUUCUUCUUUACUUUCUUCAGCUGGCUUCUCUUCAGUCUUCUCUUCAUCACCUUUGUUGAGAUAUUUGAGAACAUCAUGUCCCCAGUUCUUCAAGCUGAGGUAAGACUUUGCUUGUUUGACUUCAUCGGCAGUCUUUGAUUCAAGUGAUGAGAGUUCACCCUGAAUAUGACGAUUACAGUAUGCGACGACUUUUCUCAUAUGUUCCAAGGCAGAUUCAUCGUAGCUUUCUGGUUUCUUUUCUGGGUUAUUCUUAAGAAUGUCAACAAUGUUACGACCGCUAUUAUGCCCAACUGAUUCUUCACCUUCACCCCAACCUGCAUUUUGUGAUUCUUCAGUUUUGAGGAAUUCCUCUAAUUCCUCUACAGACAUAUUAACAAGUUUGUUAAAUUCGCUAAUAACU